GCACUGUUUGGGAGCAACCGGCCGAGCCAGCGGCGCCCGGCCCCGCCAGCGCAGCGCGCACCGGCCGAGCGCACCCACAGCCCGGCGCGACCCCCGGCGCGACCCCUCCCCUCCUGCCUCGCCAUGUCCCUCAAGCAAGCGGCGGCGGCGGCGCAGCCCGCCGGCAACAACCGCAAGCCCCCCGGCGGCGGCGGCGGCGGCCCCGGCCUCCCGUCAGCCGCGGGCAGGCAGAACAUGGGCAGAGGCCGCAGCAGUGGCAAAGGACCACCCCAGCCUACGAUUUCUUUCGAUGGCAUCUAUGCAAACAUGAGAAUGGUUCACAUACUCACAUCAGUUGUUGGAUCCAAAUGUGAAGUACAGGUGAAAAAUGGUGGUAUAUAUGAAGGAGUUUUUAAAACCUACAGUCCUAAGUGUGAUUUGGUGGUUGAUGCUGCUCAUCGGAAAACUGCAGAGUCCAGUUUGGGGCCAAAACGUGAAGACAUUCUGGAGAGUAUCCUGUUCAAGUCUUCAGAUUUUGUUAUGGUGCAUUUUAAGGAUAUGGAUACCAAUUAUGCCAGAAGAGAUGCUUUUACUGAUUCAGCCAUCAGUGCUAAAGUGAAUGGAGAACACAAGGAAAAGGAUCUGGAACCGUGGGAUGGAGGAGAGAACACGGCGUCCGAGGAGCUCGAGGCGCUGGAGACAGAUGUUUCUAAUGGAUGGGAUCCCAAUGACAUGUUUCGUUACAAUGAAGAAAAUUAUGGUGUAGUAUCAACUUAUGACAGCAGUUUGUCUUCUUAUACGGUGCCAUUAGAAAGAGAUAAUUCAGAAGAGUUUUUAAAACGGGAAGCCAGAGCAACUCAAUUAGCAGAGGAAAUUGAAUCAAGUGCCCAAUACAAAGCUCGGGUUGCCUUGGAAAAUGAUGAAAGGACAGAAGAAGAAAAAUAUACUGCUGUUCAGAGAAAUGCUAAUGAAAGAGAAGGACAUGGUGUGAACACUAGAGAAAAUAAAUACAUUCCGCCCGGACAGAGGAACAGAGACGUCCUGUCCUGGGGAAGUGGAAGACAAAACUCACCAAGGAUGGGCCAGUCUGGCUCAGGCCCACCAAUCUCAAGGUCUGGAUCCCACACUUCCGAAUUCAGCCCUAACUCUGGAGCAGAUCAAAGAGUAGUUAACGGAGGUGUUCCCUGGCCAUCGCCUUGCCCAUCUCCUUCCUCUCGCCCACCUUCUCGCUACCAGUCAGGUCCCAACUCUCUUCCACCUCGGGCAGCCACCCCUACACGGCCGCCCUCCAGGCCCCCCUCGCGGCCCUCCAGGCCCCCGUCUCACCCCUCUGCUCAUGGUUCUCCAGCUCCUGUCUCUACUAUGCCUAAACGCAUGUCUUCAGAAGGGCCUCCACGGAUGUCUCCUAAGGCUCAACGGCACCCUCGAGGUCACAGAGUCUCUACUGGUAGGGGUACAAUUUCAAGUGGCUUAGAAUUUGUAUCUCAUAAUGCACCUGGGGAAGCAUCUACUGCUGCAGUGGCACGAGGCAGCCCUUCAGGUGGGACGUGGUCAUCAGUUGUCAGUGGGGUUCCGAGAUUAUCCCCUAAAACACACAGGCCUAGGUCUCCAAGGCAGAGCAGCACUCCCAUGGGACCAGCUCUGCCUUCCCCUCAACCUGGGACUAUUCCCACUGAAUCUGUUGCCAUGCCUGUUCCAGCUGCCUCUCCUACACCUGCCAGCCCUGCAUCCAACAGAGCAGUCACCCCUUCCAACGAAGCUAAAGAUACCAGGCUUCAGGACCAGAGGCAAAAUUCUGCAACUGGCAACAAAGAGAAUAUAAAACCAAGUGAGACUUCUCCUAGUUUUCCUAAACCUGAAAACAAAGGUGUCUCUCCAAUUGCUUCAGAGCAUAGAAAACAGAUUGAUGAUUUAAAGAAAUUUAAGAAUGACUUUAGGUUACAGUCAAGUUCCUCUUCCGAUGCAGUGGAUCAGCUGCUCAACAAAACCCGAGAGGGGGAGAAAUCAAGAGAUGUAGUUAAAGAAAAGACAGAGUCCACCCCUAAAGAAUCUAUCAUAGAAGCUGGCAGUAACACCAACUCCAAUGGUGGCAGCAGCAAACCCAACAGUCCCAGUAUUUCUCCUUCCAUAAGUAACAGCUCUGAGCAAAAGCGAGGGCCUGAGGUGACUUCCCAAGGUGUGCAGACAUCGGGGCCUGGAAGUAAACAAGAGAAAGAGGAUAAAGAGGAGAAGAAGGAUACUUCUGAGCAAGUUAGAAAAUCAACACUUAACCCUAAUGCUAAAGAGUUCAACCCUCGAUCUUUUGCUCAACCGAAACCUUCUACUACACCGACCUCCCCUCGUCCACAAGCUCAGCCCAGCCCCUCCAUGGUGGGCCAUCAGCAGCCAACCCCUGUGUACACUCAGCCUGUUUGUUUUGCACCAAAUAUGAUGUACCCGGUUCCAGUGAGUCCAGGCGUGCAGCCUUUGUAUCCUAUUCCCAUGACGCCCAUGCCAGUGAACCAAGCCAAGACAUAUAGAGCAGGUAAAGUACCAAAUAUGCCCCAGCAGCGGCAAGACCAACACCACCAGAGCACCAUGAUGCAUCCUGCCUCAGCAGCAGGCCCUCCAAUUGUAGCUACUCCACCUGCUUACUCAACACAAUAUGUUGCAUAUAGUCCCCAACAGUUUCCUAAUCAGCCUCUUGUGCAGCAUGUGCCACACUACCAAUCUCAGCAUCCUCAUGUUUAUAGCCCUGUAAUACAGGGCAAUGCCAGGAUGAUGGCCCCACCAGCACACGCACAGCCGGGUUUAGUAUCUUCCUCUGCAACACAGUACGCAUGUCCCAAAAUACCAUACAGCAAGGAGACAGGCCCUUCUUUCUACUUUGCCAGUGAGUUGGGUUUUUUGUACUAAUUUUGAUUGUACAGAAAAGCACUUUCUAAAGAACCAGAUGUUAAAGGAAUGGGACGUGUUGAGGGAAAAAUUUCCUUGCACCAAACCAGGAUGUGGAAAACGCAGGAAGGUUCCUUUCAGUGGACAGAGGGUGAAGCUGGUGGACAGAUUUGUCUGAUCACAGGGAACUGAGCUGUCAAUUUUUUUAAAAAUUUAUUUGGAAUUUGGAAUGAUCUCUGAAUUCACUACCCAGUCUUUUCAUCUGCAGCCAGAAGUGAGCUCUGUUUGGGGAGGCAGAAGGAAUUCUUGGCUGUGAGGGUGGGGAGGCCCUGGCCCAGGUUACCCAGAGAAGCUGUGGCUGUCCCAGCCCUGGAAGUGUCCAAGGCCAGGGUGGACAGGGCUUGGAGCAACCUGGGCUAGUGGAAGGGGGUGGGACUGGAUGGCCCUUAAGGUCCCUUCCAACUCAAACCACUCUAUGAUUUUAUAGCCUCUGAUUUUUAAACAUCAGCUUCCUAAAAGGAGAAGUAUCUUGUGCCUCACCUCUUUAAAAAGCUGUGGCUCAGGUUCUGAGCCCCUGGGAGGAAAUAACUGUAGUUGCAGCUGAGCUAAAGGAAAUUUUCUGUAGAGCUGCCUCUGCAGGAGUGCUGGGAACAGCUUUGUCAUGACUGUGUGACAGUGACAAGAUGAGUUCUCCUUGCUGAGGCACCUCCUCCUGGGCACAGGAACAUGAGCAGUGAUGUUUCCUGGCUCAAGUCAGGCUUUGCCACCCUAAGUCACUGUCAGCAAGGGGAGAGGGGCUGAUGUUCUCCCAGCAGACUGAUCCAGCUAAUCCAGACUCAGUGUGUGUCCAGGGAAAGGCUGAGAACUGUAAAACACUGCCUUGUGUGUUGGUGUCCAUCAUCAGCUUUGAGGGGGUUGGAUUUGGGGGGCUGUUUGCAGGAUGAACUGUCACCCAAGACAUGGUGAAGAAGGACCUGCAAUCCCAGAGUGUUUUGUCCCUGCUCCUGUCCUGCUGUGAGACUUGUUGCUGUGUCUGUCUGCAAGUCCAUCAGCCCAUGCCAGGAUCUCUGUUGGUUUUUUUUCUGCAGCAGCAGCAGCUCAUACAAGAGGGAUGUGAGAAAAUCCCCUUGUUCCCCCAAAAUCUCUUCUGGAACAGACUUCCUGUGUUUGUCGUGCCAAAAUGUGCUGCCUGAGCAGGGGCUGGAGGUGCUGACCUGUCCUGUGUUCUUGGCUCUUGGUUUGGUGCACUGAAAUCACUUGAAUCAGCUCGUUCCUUUCGUGGCUAAUCUUUGGAGUCCACUCCACCUGUGUAAAAUGACUUCUUGAAAUGUUUGUAUUGUGAAAGAAACAUUUGCUAUUUCUUUGCUUCCUACCAUUCAGGUCUUUUAAAUGUAGUUAUCCUCACCAUCUUACUGGCUCUGGCAAUAGGUUGGAAGUUUUUUUCACUGGUCAGUUCUUGAAAAUAGGCUCUUCAGUGCAUCUUUGGACCGUGACCAGCGCUGACCACCAUUGGCACCACUGAAAUUCCUACCAGGAAAAAAAAGAAAAUUACAUGAUGUGGUUUUCAUAUGCUCUUGUAGCUGGGAGUUCUGCCUGAUUCCUGCUGCUCUGACCUCUUUUGAUUUCAGCUCCUCCUGUGGCUUCUGUGGCUGACUCUACUUCUUGUUUGCCUCUCAGAGAAAUGGGUGCACUUGACAGAGCUAAAUUCACUAAUUAAUCCAUGUGGUAUUUUUUUCCCAUUCCAUGACUGAAUCGCUUUCCUUCAAGGUUAGUGCAGGGAAAUGCUUCAUUUUAGGAACCAACUUGAUUAAAAAGGUGCAGAAGCGAAGCAGGUCAGCCCAAGGAGAGGCAUUUAGGCAUAAAGGGUGAGAAAACCAGUGUGUUUGUACUGGAGUGAGCUGAGGUGACUUGCAAGGAGCUGGUUUGACCCUUCCAAGAGCUUCCUCAGCACUUUCUUGGAUACUGGAUGGCCAUUUGGAAAAUCUCCAAAAUACUGACAAUUAGGGGAAAACAUUGGAUAAUUGGUUAUUAAUUUUUUAUUAUUCUUUUUUCUCUUCCUGUCUUGUCUUAUUUGCUGUUGGAUAUGUGCAGGGAGCUGUUUGGAUGACCAGGCAGAAAUUCUUUUUAAAAAAAAAAGCCCCAGUGCCAGUUCAGUUCUGGCUGAGCAGGUGAAUUUGUCAGGACUUUUACAGGACUCCUUUCCCAGCCCUGCUGGUCUCAGACAUUUCAUGGGCUUGCCAAGAACUGUCACUUGCUAAACAUGGAAAAACCCUUACCCUGCUGGAAUUGCAGUUGGAACUCUGGUUUUGAACUGCCAAAGAUCUGUGAAUGCAUUUCAGACCUGGUGCCACUCGGCCUGUUCUUGGUUUGUUUGCAGUGUCUGCACAGGAUUUAAAGAAGGGCCCAAAUAACAGUUUUGAAAGGCACUUUUAAUAUCACUAUUAAAACAUAAUUUGCAGCAGCAUCUGAAGUGGUUUUAAGCUUGACACGUUUGGUUAUUACAGUCAUCUGUUAAAGACAAAAUGGGGGUAGGAGAGAAAUUAGGGAAAUAAAUAUUCUUCAGUAUAAAAAAUGUGGUGCUUCAAAUGCAAAGCUGUGGAUGAAAUAUUAGGUGGUUAUGGAAGAGCUGCCACUGUGACAAAAACUUGAUCCUCCUCCUGCUUUACAUCUGUUCUUCAGGGUGCUGUUCCUUGGUUUAACUGGUUUCUUGAGAGAGAAAUUCCUCCUCGUGCAGUUUUAUUGCAGAAUGUAUCCAGUUCAGAAUAACUGGGUUUAUUAUUCUCCUGGCUAUAAAGGGCUGAAAGAUGAAUUGCACAAAUGGUUUAAGGGAGCCCCACGUUCUUUCAGGGGCUCUUAACAAGGGAUGUGGGAAGCCUUGAAUAUCUUACAACUUGGAAUUAAAUUUCAUCUACAUUUUAAAGCCUCUUGAAUGGAGUUGGAGUUAAUUUGCAGUCAGCUCUGUGGCUCAGGCAGUGGGAGGAUUGCUGGUGUAACAUGCCCUUUGGCAAGCAAGUAAUCUCUCCUUGCAUUUAUUUCUCUCACUUUGGCAGAGAUAAUAACUUUUGGCCUUUUUCAGAGCGUGUAUAAUAACGAGGUUGAGGUAUUUUCCUCCUGCAGGAAGCCAUAAACUUCAUAUUGUAAAAAUGAUCGGUGUUGCCAUUGAUAAUUUUCAUGUUAUUGUAAGGAGAGAUGUCUGAGAGUCAAGUAGGAGCACGGUGGGGAUGCUGCUGCAAAAUACAUUUUAGUAGUGAUAGGAAAAACUAAAAAUACUUGGAUUUAAAGCAUAACAAAGUGCCGUGGCAGAAGAUCCUGCAGUUUUGACAAGUGUGCUUAGAAAAUAUUGAGGUGUUUUUGAAACCCCCUCUCAAUCAGAGAUGCUCAGAGUGUACGACUGUGCCUGUACACUUGGAUAAGUAUUUUAGGAUCAGUUCCAGACUGCAGGAAUUGAGUUCAUCUGCAUUAAUAGCCUGAAACUGCACAUCACUGUUGGGCCAUUUGCUCAGUGAAGAUUUAAUAGAGCUUUCAAGGGAUUAAGUUAAAUGUGGCAGGCAGUUAUUUUCUAAAGGAGGAACCUUCCUAAUGCACCGUACCGGGGAGAAAAAAUCUCAAUUAGGCAAAAAGAUACCAUCUCUAUAUAUAUAUUCUGGUGAAUUUGAAUUUGUUAGAACUAGGAUUUGUAAGAGUUAUGGCAAGGCAGACCUGGAGGAAGGCAGGUAUUUGCACAGGGUGGAGUGUCAGGGCUGUGACAGAGCAGUUGGAGACUUGCUUGUGCUGGGCAUUGUUGUGCUUUCAGAUGCAGCUGCAUUUUAGUUCGUUGUUUCCACCCAUCUUGUCUCUCAUCUUUUAUCUACACCCAGACAGUUCUGGUUGUUAUGAACUUAAGAGCCCAGCCCAGUGAAGCUCUUCAGAAAUUCCCUGCAGGUGCCCUGAUUUUCAGGUUUGUUUAUUAGGGCAGGAAAACCCCACUGGAAAAGCCAUCCCUGCUAAAGGUGCUUCAGUGGCCAUCAAGUUCUCAUAUAAUACAAACCCCAUGAAAAAAAACCGUAGACAAUUAUUGUUAGUGAACUUCAGAACAGCCAAAAGGUACUAAAGGAAAUAAGAAGCAGCUGCAGGGAAAAUUCAGGAGCAGGUUGAUAGUUGUCUUUGACUGUUUUCUCAGUAUUGUUAGCAGAACUAACCUUGGUCUUUUCAAGCUGUGACAUUGGAGGGCUCAGUGCCCAUUGUCACAUGCUGCAGUGGAGCUGCAGACACGGACUGGUUGUUGCACAAGAUCACAAAGAAAUAGAGGAAAGAUCUUUUUUUUUUUUUUAGGAUCUUGCUCUCCUGUUGCAUCCUUUGUGUUUAAAGGAGCGCUUGCUGUCAUCAUGGCUUUUCAUACUUCCUUGGAUUCCCUCAGAAGUUCAAAAAAACCCAAAAAAACAAACAAAAACACAACAAUUUAGUGUGGCCUGUUUUGGAGCAGAACAGAGCAGGAUCCAAGGAGGAACUUGUUGCUGUUGGUUUGUUGUUGGAGACUGGCACGGCCGUGGCAACACGGGUGGCUUCACUGGGGUGAAAGUUUCGUGUCGUUCACUUUCUUCCUUUUUGGGAAUUUUGUACCUUAUUCGCUACCGUUUCAAGGAAUGAAGAAUUCCGUGGCAGUGUUAGAAGCUCCCAGGAUGGUGCUGAUCCAGAACAGCCUGAUUGGCCUUGAGGGCAGAGGCCAGAUGUGUUAUUUUAGCACGAGAAACUGGCUUCAACUGCGGUUUGAUGCUCGAGCAGCCUCAGUUUUCUCAGCUGUGAUGUGUUCCCUGGGUGUCCCCGGAGCUCUCGAGCACAGAGUUUGUACUUUAUGAGCAAUUUCCAGAAGAGUAGCAUGGUGAGGUUAGCCAGGUAUAAGGCCAAAGACUUUUUUUGGAUGGUGGAAAUAAAAAUGACUCGUAACACCUCUGAAAAGUAUGUUUCAGGAAAUCCUAAAUUGUAUGAAAAUUACAAAUUUGGUCUUUGAAACUGGUCUGUUUGACAAAGCAAAAGAUGAAAUGCUGCUUUUCUCUAUGUAGUAUCUGUUACAUUGUCAAACUAGGGAAGAUGAACUGUCUAAUUAUGGUUAUUUAUAGACUUUCCUGCCAAACCAAACUACACAAAAGCAAGGUAAGAUCCUCAGCUAUUCGCAAGAUAAAUAUUUCGGUUUAGAAGGGGGUGGGGAGCGUAUUUACAGUCUUUUGGAGCUGUAGUGAAAUCCUCAAGUGCAGGUGGUGACUUUGUGAGGUGCCUGUCCUCUCUCUCAGGUGUUAAAUAUCCUUCUUUUUCAUCCUAGUUUCCACUGGCUCACUUGCUCAGCAGUAUGCCCACCCUAAUGCUACCCUGCAUCCGCACCCUCCUCAUCCUCAGCCUUCUGCCACACCGACUGGCCAGCAGCAAAGCCAACAUGCUGGAAGCCACCCUGCUCCCAGCCCC